GUGAUUCAGUCAGUUCCUGCUAGCUAACCGAAACGACUACUGGAGACUUUGCUGUAUCAUGUAGUGAAGCAGAGCCUACUCGAUCGCCAAAGUAAACAACCAUUCGUGUAGAAAAUAUGGGAAUUACACGUCAACUGAACCAUUCCGUCCCGCGGAAAACCUGUCUGACUUUACUCCUCGGACUCUCGUCGAUGCUGUUGUCGGCCCGGUCAAGUGCAAAUGGCUUGGAUGACAGCAGUCUGUUGUACCGAGAUCUCUGCAGAUAUAAAUGGGAAGCCAUUGACCAGGAUAAUAACGUGAAGUAUACUCUGAAGCUAUGUGAAUCGUCGCCAGAUACUGCUUGUGGGGCUGGCACUGCAGUCUGUGCCUCGAACCUCACAGCACACGAGGAACACUCAGUAGGUCAGGUAUCUCUUCGGAAGUUGUCCGGCAAGGUGUUGGACUUCAACACAACCACACAGUGUCCAGGCAGUGAAAACAAAGUCCGGAGCAGCAUCAGCUUCCAGUGCGGCAAGACCAUGGGCACCCCAGAGUUUGUCACCGUGUCCCAGUGUGUGCAUUACUUUGAGUGGAGGAGCUACACUGCCUGCGACAAAGAGAACUUUAAACCGUCCAAAGAGGUGCCCUGCUACGUGUUCGACAGUGAUGGCAGGAAGCACGACCUGACGCCGCUGAUCAGCCUGACCACCGGCUACCUGGUGGACGACGGCGACAACUUGGUGGACUUCUACAUCAACAUCUGCCGCAGCCUCAAUCGUCCCCAGUGUCCAUCGGGCUCAGCGGCCUGCCUCACUGAUAGUGAUGGCACCUACGACAUGGGCUCCCCUAGCCAACAGCUGGAACUGGUGGCCGACGACCGGCUGCAGCUACACUACAGUGUGAAUGACACCGCUUUGAGUCCCAAAUUCUGCAAUGGACACGCCCCCGCGGUCACCAUCACAUUCAUAUGCCCUUCAGUCCGGCACCAGGGCAGCGACCCCAGAAUGAUGGCGUCGGCCAACUGUCGUUACGAGGUGGAGUGGGUGACGGAGUACGCCUGCCACCGGGACUACCUGGAGAGCCACACCUGCAAGCUGACCAACGAUCAGCAUGACAUAGACCUCACGCCCCUCACACAGAUAUCUCACGACCACCCAUACCACGCCGAGUCCAAAGGGGGGGAGGGCUACGUCUACUACCUGAACGUGUGCGGGGCGAUCCAGACCAACGUGUGCGACGGCGAGGGGGGCUUCGUGUCCGCGUGCCAGGUGAAGAAGAACCAGGACGUCAAGAUGGUCGCCGGCCGCUGGCAGAACCAGACGCUCCGUUACUCCGAUGGAGAUCUCACACUGAUCUACCCGGAUGGCGGCAGGUGCUCCUCUGGCUUCCAGCGAAUGACCAUCAUCAACUUUGACUGCAACAAGGACGUGGCCAGCGGGAUCGGGGCUCCGGUGUUUGCGGGCGAGACGGACUGCACCUACUACUUUGACUGGGCGACGGCGUACGCCUGUGUGAAGGAGAAGGAGGACCUGCUCUGCAGCCUGGCGGACGGCAGGAGGCGCUACGAUCUGUCGCCGCUGACGCGGUUCCCCGAGGCGGACAAUGCCGAGAACUGGGAGGCGGUGGACGCCAACGCGCCCGAGACGGACCCCCGGCGCUUCUACCUCAACGUGUGCCACCAGGUGGUCCGGCAAGGGCCCGCUGAGGGCUGCCGUCAGGACGCCGCCAUCUGCGCCGUGGAUAAGGACGGUAAAGCCACCAGCCUGGGACGCUUCCUGUCCGCUCCACAGAAGACGGAAACAGGAAAUGACAUCAGACUCGUCUACACAGACGGCGGCACCUGCCGGGAGAACGUGAAGAUCAAGACCGUCCUGACCCUCAAGUGCAAACCAAGUGACCUGGAGAGUGCCCCGAUGGUGCGGAGUGUGUCGCCCGACGGCUGUGUCUACGAGCUGGAGUGGUACACGGCCGCCGCCUGCGUGCUCUCCAAGACCGAGGGCAACGACUGCAAGGUGGAGGACGCUGAGGCCGGUUUCUCCUUCGACCUGUCGCCCCUCAUGAAGCCGGACGGCGACUACUACAACGUCUCCACUCCCGACUAUGAGUACUACGUCAACGUCUGCGGCCCACUCACCACCGCCCGCUGCCCACAGAACGCCGGCUCCUGCCAGGUCGACAAGAGCUCCAUCUCGUGGAGCCUGGGGCAGGCCGACGACCGGCUGUCCUACUACAACGGCGUGAUCCAGCUGGCGUACCACAACGGCUCGCAGUACAACACCCAGGACCACAUCCUGCGCUCCACCCUCAUCUCCUUCCUCUGCGACCCGGACGCCGGCGUGGGGGCCCCAGAGUUCCAGGUGGAGGACAAAUUCACAUACAACUUCCGCUGGUACACUUCCUACGCCUGUCCCGAAAGACCCCACGAGUGUUUAGUGACGGACCCCAACACCCUGGAGCAGUACGACCUCUCCAGCCUGUCCCGGCCCAGCUCCAGUAGGAACUGGGAGGUCAUGGACCAGUCCGACCCCACCAACAAGUACAAGUACUACAUCAACGUGUGCCGCCCCAUCGCCGCCGUCAUAGGCUGCGACCGCCUGGCCUCCGCCUGCCAGAAGAAGUAUGAAGUCCAACAGGGCUCUCAAAGCGAGACGGUGUCGGUCAGCAACAUGGGCGUGGCCCAGCGCGGCCCCGUCAUCGAGGGGCGGGACCGCCUGCUGCUGGAGUUUACGGACGGCUCGCCCUGCGUGGCGGAUGGCCUGACCCUGGCCUCCACCACCCGCCUCCACUUGGUGUGCUCCCGGGGGACUGAGGCGUCGGGGCCGAAGUUCCUCAAGUACCGGAACUGCACCGCCGACUUCAAGUGGGAGACCCGCGCAGCGUGCGCCAUCAGAACGUCCCAGAGCGACAGCUGCUCUGUGGUGGACCCAAUCACGGGACACGAGUUUAACCUCCAACCCCUGGCGACCAAGACCGGCUACAGGACCGAGGCCAACGGCAAGACUUUCCUGGUGAACAUCUGUGCUGACAUGCCGAAGUGCGGUGACGUCGUGGCUGGCUGCGAGCUGGAGGGGGAUACUGCGAUUGGUCCAGUGGGGAUGGUGAAGUCGCUGCAGUACUCCACCGGCGGGCUGAUCACACUCACGUACAAGGGCACCCUGGACACGCCCACAGGCACCCGGGACACCUUCACCAUUAGUUUCAUGUGCAGCCACGACGCCCACGAUGGAGUGCUGAGCCUGGAGAAUGAGAGCCUGGGCUCCAGUGUGGGGAACAGCACCACCCACAACGUCUUCUUCCAGUUCGCCACCCCUCUGGCCUGCAUCCCUGCCCCCGUGGACUGCCAGGUGUCUGAUUCCCACGGCAACGAGUACGACCUCAGCCGUCUGACCCGGAACGCCGACGACAGCCCCUGGAUCGCCAUCGACGCGUCCUCCAAGGCGUCAACUCGCGAAUUCUACAUCAACGUCUGUAAACCCCUGCCUCCCGUUGACGGCUGUCUCGGGCCCCUGGGAGCCUGCGCCCGCCUCAACGGGCUCAUGGUGAACCUGGGCUACGUGCAGUCCAGCCCGCGGUUGGCGGAGGACGGCUCCGUCACCAUCGUGUACCACAACGGGGACCCCUGUGGCGACGGGGGCCGCUACUCCACACGCCUCAUCUUCCAGUGUGACGACAAUCCCGGCUCCGCGAUCUUUGACCGCCAGGACGGCUGCGAGUACGUGUUCGUCUGGAGAACGUCUGAAGCCUGCCCCAUCAGGAAGUCUCAAGGCGAUGACUGCCAGGUGCUGGAGCCCCGCAGCGGGCACCUGUUCAACCUGAGCGCCCUGGAGGGGAGGGACUACCCGGUGCAGAGUGGGGAAUACACCUACCACCUGUCUGUGUGCGGGGGGCUGCAACGGGGCAUCUGCACCCACAAGGACACGGGCAACGACCGCGUGGCCUCCUGCCAGGUGAAGGGGGCCGUCCAAAAGAUAGCAGGGAUGGCGUCUCGGACUCUGAGCUACGUGGGGGACCAGCUCAUCCUGAACUACACCAUGGGCGAGACCUGCCACAAGAUUUACAACCGGUCCACUGAGGUGUACUUCUCCUGCCACCCCGACCAGCAUCCAGGGGCGCCAGAGUUCAUCAAGGAGACCCCGGAGUGCACCUACAUGUUUAACUGGGAAACAGCUCUGGCCUGUGUCCCUGUGAAGAAAAUAUCCUGCUCCUACAACGACGGCAAGGGCCGCUCCUACGACCUGUCCUCCCUGGCCCUGGAUAACACCAACUGGGUGGGGGAGAGCACCACCCCGGGCUCCUCCACCACGCAGCAGCGCUUCUACAUCAACAUGUGCCGGUCCCUGGUGCCGCAGGGGGGCUCGUGGAAGUGUCCGUCGGGCGCGGCCGCCUGCCUCAAGCAGGGGGACCAGUACGUGGGCCUGGGGGAGGCCAACGCGGGGCCCAGCUUCGAGCGCGGCGUGCUGCAGCUGAAGUACACCGGUGGAGCGCUCUGCCUUGACGGCCUCCGCAGGAAGAGCGCCGUCAUCCGCUUCCAGUGCGACAAGGACAAGGUGGACUCCCGGCCCAUCCUCGUCACGGCGAUCGAGGACUGUGUGUACACCUUCAUGUGGUUCACCGUGGCCGCCUGCCCUCUCAACAGCAGCAUGCACGGCGCCUGUAGGGUCGCCAACCCCGCUACAGGGCAUCAGUUUGACCUUAACCCUCUGUCCGUGGAGGGGGGCUACAUCAUUUACGACCACGCCGACCACCAGAAGAUGAUCCGCCUGAACAUCUGCGGAGAGCUGCCCAACUCCGGGUGCAGCGAGGGCACAGGUGUGUGCAUCAAGACCGUCAGAACUGCGGUGAGCGGGGGCCAGACCAGCAGGAAGCUGUCCUACGUGGACCAGGUGCUGGAGCUUACUUACGAGGGCGGAGACGCCUGCGAAGCCAACCCGGCCCUCAAGCACAAGAGCGUCAUCAGCUUCAUCUGCAGGUCUGCAGGCUCGGGUUCGGCCUCCACACAGCCUGUCCUCGUGGACUCUGAUUCAAGCACCUGCACCCACUUCUUCUCCAUGCACACACCCCUUGUCUGUGAGCAGCCGGUGACCUGCUCCGUCCUGAAUGGCUCCACCCUCAUUGACCUGAGCCCCCUGAUCCACGCCACUGGCUAUUACAGUGCCACGGAUGACGAGCUGACCCAGAAUGAGGACGACGGUAUCCCAGACUUCUACAUCAACAUCUGCGAACCCCUCAACCCCAUCCCUGGCGUGGCCUGCCCCCCCGGGACCACCGUCUGCAUGGACCCUGACGACGCAGCGCCUGUGGACAUCGGGAGGACAACCGAUGGCCCGCGUUUUGACAGCGCCACCAACGAGGUGUCAAUCACCUACAAUAGCUCCACGCCCUGCAGCGCCGACCCCUCCCUGAACUACACCUCCACCAUUGUCUUCAGCUGCCAGAGGGGCCUGGAUCUGGGCUCCCCCCGCAUGCUGCAGCAGCAGGGCUGUGUGUACCUGUUCGAGUGGGCCACGCCCGUGAUCUGCUCCGACGCCACGAACACCAGCGGCUGCCAGCUCACAGACUCUCAGAUGCAUUUCACCUUCGACCUCUCGCCCCUCAAGGGGGAGAUCCAGGUCCCGGCCGGCCCGGGGGUCUCCAGGGAGUACCGGCUCAACGUGUGCGGCUCGGUGGCAGAGCCCGCCUGCAAGGGCAGCGCGGUGUGCCAGGUGUCCAGCUCCGGGGGGGGGCCGGCGGUGCCCCCCGCCGCCGUGUCCUACGGCCGCAGCCAGGCCAUGACCCUGGACUACCGGCACCAGGAGGGGGCGCUGCUCAUGCAGUACGGCGGGGGGGACCCCUGCCCAGCGGUGACGCUCGAUGAGAAGCAGUGCGCGUUCCCGUUCGUCUUCCAGAAGAGGUCGUACAUGGAGUGCACGGUGCAAGGGCGCUCGGACGGCAGACUGUGGUGCUCCACCACCGCCAACUACGACCAGGACAAGCAGUGGGGGUUCUGCGGGAAAGUGUCAGGCAAGCGCCAGACCUCCAUCCUGCUGACGUGUGACCAGGGGGCGGGCCAGGGCUCCCCCCGGCUGCUCUCGGAGACGGGGGGCUGCGCGGCCAGCUUCCGGUGGGCCACCAGCAAGGUCUGCCCCCCCAGCAAGAUGGAGUGCAAGCUGGUGAGCCAGCACCAGACCUACGACCUGCGCACGCUCUCCUCGCUCACCGAGCCCUGGAAGUUCAGCCACCAGGGGGACGCGUACUACAUCAACCUGUGCCGGGCGGUCCGCGGGGGGCUGACGGGCUGCCCCAGCAGCGCCACCGUGUGCCGCCACACGGCGGCCGGCGCCACCCAGGCGCUGGGCCGGGUCUACACCCAGAGGAUGAGCCACGCCGACAACCGGACGCUGGUCAACUACUCCAUGGGAGACCGCGUGUGUGGCAACGACAAGGAGGCCCAGACCGUGAUCCAGCUGACCUGCGGCUCCACCGUGGGACGCCCCACCCUCGUCAGCUUCGACGAGGCGGCGUGCGUGUUCACCAUCGGCUGGGAGACGCGGGCCGCCUGCGUGGUGAGGCAGCGGGAGGUGGAGAUGGUCAACGGGACCAUCAGGGUCCCCGACACGGGCACCAAGCUCAGCCUCGGGGUGCUCUACUUCAGUGCCCACCAGGCGUCGGGGGACAAACGGCCCAACGGUGACAGCUACGUCUACCAGAUCCAGCUGUCGGGCAUCACCAACAGCUCUCUGAGCAGCUGCAACGGCGCCAACAUCUGCCAGGUGCAGUUGAACGGCAACUACCACCGCAAGAUCGGCUCGUCCAGCGAGGCCAAGUACUUCAUCAAAGGGGCCAACCUGGACGUGAUGGUGCCCUCGGAGUCGGUGUGCGGCCGGGAGAAGACCAAGAAGGCCUCGUCCACCAUCAUGUUCCACUGCAGCCCCACGGCCGGCGUGGGCAUCCCCGAGUUCAUGCUGGAGACGGACAGCUGCCAGUACCUCUUCGUCUGGCACACCACCACCGUCUGCGACCUCAUAUCUGCCGACCGGGCGGAGGCGACCACCCAGGACGUGGACCCGGCGCUCGGCCUCUCGGGGCGGAGCCAGGCCAUGGGGGCGGUCCUCAGCGUCCUGCUGGUGGUGCUGGUGGCCUGUCUGCUGGGCCUGCUGCUCUACAAGAGGGAGAGGAGGGCACUGGUGAUCCAGAAGGUGGCGGCCUGCUGCCGGAGAGGGAACCAGGUGUCCUAUAAAUACUCCAAGGUGGACAUGGACGACCAGGGCGGCCAGGACGAGAUGGAGUGGCUCAUGGAGGAGCAGGACCCCCCGCCCACCUCGUCCGACCCCGCCUCCUCGUCCCGCCACGGCGCUGGCAGAGGCGGAGCCAACGGCCACAUCACCGCCAAGCCGGUGAACGGCCUGCGCUCGCUGGCCUUCGGCGGAGGCGGGGCCGGCGGCGCGGAGGAGCUGGACGACGACGACAGCGAGGACGAGGUGCUGAGCGUGCCCGGCGUGCGCGUCUUCAAGGCCCCGCCCCCCAGAAGCGCGCCCCUCUCCGCCGCGCUACGCAGCGUCUUCAUGCAGGAGGAAAGCGACGAGGACCUGGUCGGUCUGCUGGACGAUUCUGACGGGAGGAGGGACUCCAGAGGGUCCGGCUCAUCACGGGCCUACAACCCCGGCCCCCCCGGCCCCGUAGAUCUCAACCCGGUGCAGGGCCGGAGGCAGGACGACGACGACAGCGACGAGGACCUCUUGAGGGUGUGAGGUCACUUCCUCCCCGCAACCACCACCAACGCCGCCGCCGCCGCCCGCCGUCCAAUCAGAACUCACUCCUCCGCUGUGCAGUUUUCCCUGGCUCUGUUUUCUUGUUCCUCUCAAUGGAGAGAACGACGGCGAGGUGGAAUAGGACUGUGUCUCUACCCCCCCCCCCCCUAGCCAUAACCACAGAUAAUGCUGCGCGUUGUCAUGGUUCCCCCCCCCCCCCCCCCCCCCCUCCCUACCAAGGUUGGACCAUUGACUGCCAACCGUGGGUGUUAGCGGGUGGUGUGUGUUCGUUCUUUAAAAAGGGAAUCGGGAUUCACUGGAUGGACACUGUUGCCGUUUACAAAGAAUUCACAAACAGCAGUUUGCUCUCUCACUCUCUCUCCCCCACCCACCCACCCACCCACCCUCUCUCCGGCCCCCUGCCCCCCCCACCCCAACCUUCCCUUUUGCGCUUUGAUCAAUGCAUCUGGUUCAUGGAAAGAAUAACUCACAUUUUCACGGCCCUCUUUAAUUGGAAUGACGUUAAUGGAAUUGUAAUGAUUAUUAUUUUUUUUAUAUAUAAAUGUAUGUUGUUUCUGGUCCCGUGUCGGUGAAUUGUUCAGAACUGUUUUGAAUUUAUUUAAUUGUAUUUGAGUUGUUGUUUUUUUUAGCCCUAUGUUCUGGGAGAAUUUGGAGGUUUUGUUAAGUGUGCAAUGAUGAGACAUGGCCUUAAGUAUGAAUGGACGGGAGCAGACGUUUCCAAGAUGGCGUAGAGAGACCUUCAUAUCAGUUUGUUUGUGACGUAAUUUUUUUUAUUUUUGUCUUUUUCCCUCCAUUCGAUGUCCGCGGCCUCCCUACACCAAAGCCAUAGUGGUGAGUGCAACGUUGGGUCCGGCAUUUGCACAAACGCUUGCAUUUUCCAUCACGGCCCGGUCGACGUAUCUGCCUGCACCUCUCUGUGUGUGUGUGUGUGUGUGUGUGUGUGUGUGUGUUAUUAUUCAUAUCCUAUCCCCCACUGAGCUUACUUUAAGUAAUGCCAAAUGCAUGUCAAUUCCCGUGAAGUCAGAACGGUCCGGAAAUGUGUUAUGAGAGUGCCACGAAUGUAUCAGGACGUGCUCUCGCUUUCAGUUCGACGUCUUUCAUUUUUUCGGCCAUUUUGAGGAAUCCAUUUUGCAGAGCGCAUCGAUCUCCUUCUUUGCGAUUGGAGCCCCGAAUUUAACAUGCUGUUUGGGGUAUUGAUUAAUUGAAUGUAAGCAUUUAGCGAACGUCUCUGAACGGUACAGAUUGUACACCCUUUUUGCCUCUUUUGUGUGUGUGUGUUUGUGUGUGUGUGUGUGUGUGCGUGUGUGUGUGAGAGAGUCAGAGAGAGAGAGUGUGUGUGUGUCAGCCUACACAGUAUAAACAAUCAGCCAAGAGUGUUUAUGUCAAUGAAACAAAUGUGGUAUGGUCUGUUUUGCGUGGGUGUGUUGAAGUUGUCAUCAUUCAAGGCACGAGCGGGACAGAGAGGAUGAUUCAGCAAUUGAGGUAUUCAGGGACAAAAGUGCAGGUGAAACACCUUCAUACAACCUUAUCGAUGAAGAUGCCUUGAACAUUUUCACAGUCCUGUCGUGCACCACCUACUGACCACCUGUAAUAAACCAUUUAACUGACACACAACGCUACCACAUGGUUGUUUAAAUUCAAGCUCAUAUAUGAACCGGCCAACCGUCUCUCCCGUCCCAUAUGAAGAACAUAUGGUGAAGCUUUCAGGGUAUUUUUAGAUCUUUGUAUGUGAGGUUUGCGUAAAAAUAAAAAGUAAACGAUACCGUCUUCUUUAUUAAGAGAAGGCUUCUUUACAAGCUCACCGUUGUGAAUCUGGUGUAGAGAGGGGUCAGGGUACAUUGAACAAAAGGUCCAGUGGAGGGCUUUGUUUGUUGCCAUGAUUUGAGGCGUUGGGGUAGCUUGGAAGAUAUCACUUUUGCCAUGGUGUUGCUUAAUUUAUCAUCUGAUCCUACAUGUAUUUAUUAUUUAAGAAUGGGGCCGACACCAGGUCAACUGCAGCAUCCUUAAGAUGGGCCGAUGACGUAAGGGGGUAGUGUUGAGUCGCGUGUGCGUGUAUGUGUCUGUGAGAAUAGGUGAAGCCUUGUUCACAUAUUAAGUUCUGUGUGUGUGACCAGAAUCUUCUUACAGGUUCACCAACUAGUUCAAUUCGAAUAAUCAUUAUACUCCAGCAAAUGAUUUCCAUGUUCAAGUAUGCAGCACGCAACAAGUAUACAAAACUUUUUUUUUUUUGGUCAAAUCAAUACAGAAGAUGUCGAUUCUUGUGCUUUUUGAAGUAUGGAUAUUUCAUCUAAUGACUCAAGCCUUGCCUUUGUCUCAAAAUCCUACAAUAAAAAAAAAAGCAUGAUUUGGGAAACUGUUGAUCCUUUCAUCUUAUCCAAGAUCAAGUCAAGACAGUCCAAGAUCAGGUUCUUAUAAUACUGCUCUUAAAUCGAGGGUAGGCGGCAAGUUUUGAAGGUAUCAAAUUGUAAAAAUCCCUGCCCUCCCUUAUGGUCUGCUUCCAAAGCCACUCCCACAAGACCCCCGAAUAGCUCGCUAGCUUCAGUAAUGGGUCCGGUUAACCUUGUGGAAGACUACGGUCAUGCACAGUCAUGCACAGCCAGGGUACGGGCUGGGGGCCUGCUGGUACUGGGUAGGUACUGUAUGUUGGUGGACUGACAGUUAGGCAAAUCUUUUAAUUCGGGCCAAAUUAAUUUAUUGGAAGGGCCUGUCACUGGACUGUGACAGCCACAGAUACCAGAUUUUUUCUUUAUUUUUAUCAGAUGAAUACAUUUAUUGUUUGCGGUCGGGCUGUAAAGACACUUUCAACUAAUUUGAAAAAUAAUGCUUUUAAAAUAUAUUGCCUACUCUAGGUUAAAGAAUAGUUUUGGAUCACAACAACAUGAGAUGCUUACGCAACCAACAGCUGUGGCGUAAUGUCUAUGAUGUAACGAAAUGUCCAAAGCACACAUAACUAAAGGGGAACUAAGGUUGGGUAAAUCAAAACCUUGGAUAAAUACACACUCAGAGUAUGUAGACGGUAACCAAAACGCUGUCCAGCAAUAACGAUUCUUUCAUUUCAUUUUUGUCCCCAAAAAAAUUCAUAAAGGUCUAGCUUACAUUUCUUAACCAUUUCAUCUUGAAUGAGAGCAUUUGGCCCGUGGUUCCUAAAAGGUUUUGAUAAAAUAUCAACAAUGGGGGUCGCGGGGGGGUGGUUGUCCCACCAUAGGUGAGCAUGGUACAGCAUGGCCUCGUCUGUCGAGGCCACACUCCUUGAGCUGCCGUCCGUUAUGUCUUCUGUGUUUGACUGAGAUUUGCCUGUUCUGUUUUUGUCUUUUUUCGUAUUUAAGAGAAUGUAUAAAGUUGCAUUAUUUGAAUAAAUAAUAUCCGCUGUUUA